AUAAAAGCCCUAUAAGUAGCAGAAAUCCGUUGUUUACUUCCGACACAUUUCUGGUGUUAAAGAUGCCUGAGCCAGCCAAGUCUGCUCCCGCCCCGAAGAAGGGCUCCAAGAAGGCGGUGACCAAGGCGCAGAAAAAAGAUGGGAAAAAGCGCAAGCGCAGCCGCAAGGAGAGCUACUCUGUUUAUGUGUACAAGGUGCUGAAGCAGGUCCACCCCGACACCGGCAUCUCUUCCAAGGCGAUGGGGAUCAUGAAUUCUUUCGUUAACGACAUAUUUGAGCGUAUCGCGGGGGAGGCUUCCCGCCUGGCGCAUUACAACAAGCGCUCGACCAUCACCUCCAGGGAGAUACAGACCGCCGUGCGCUUGCUCCUUCCCGGAGAGCUGGCCAAGCACGCCGUGUCGGAGGGCACCAAGGCCGUCACCAAGUACACCAGCUCCAAGUAAACUUUUCAAGUAAGCGUCUUAACACUUAACCCCAAAGGCUCUUUUAAGAGCCACCCACAUA